GCGAAACGCAUGUGUUGGACGUUGGUGAACCGGGGAGACCUGCGCGAUGUUUGCAGUCGGUCCUUUUCGAACAUUUGUCGAGCUGUGGUCGAGCUACCAGACAACCAUGUGGAGGACAAGGCCACCUUGUCGAAGCUGGCACCGCGCAUCGUACCAGAGAUGUUCCAGUGUUUUCUGAAUCUCCACAAGAACACUGCGAUCGACGUUUCUGCGCGCAGCCGAUCGGCUUGUUUUCUAGGCCAAGCAAUCCAAAACUACUCGAAGUGCUUGCGCGAGGACUCCGUCGCGAAUCUCUUCGGACAAGUCGCCGAGCGCAUGCUCAAAACCAAUCAGGAAGUGGCGAUAGUGUACGACCAACUCCUGCAAGCAACCGGGCAGAAAGAAGGGCGUGCAGGGGAUGCGGACAACGUGAUGACGGAUGAAAGCACUCCUGUCGAGGACCCGGCUGCCUUGCUGACGCGUAAAAAUUUGCUCGAAGAGGAGCUUGGGUAUGUGUGUGAGCUUGCCGCAUUGCUCGUUCCGCAGUUGCCGGUCGACAAACUCGAAGUAGCUCUUCGCAGUUUCGAGACUACCACUACUGGCCUCGAGGGCGGACGCCGCGCAGCCACCGCAACGCAACGCGCUUCGUACAAGGGUGUGAAGAGUAUUUUCGAGCAUAAGGGAGUGAAGGAGGUGACGCAGGAGAUGCUCCAGAAAUUCUGGGGUAUCUUGGACACCUUGCGACUCGGUUGCAAAGAAGGCGCCUUCAAAGCGCGCAUGAAAGCACUCCACAGUUUCCUUGCGAUGCUGCUGGGCCCAGAAGAAGAUGACGAAGAUGAGGAUGACGACGACUCGGGCUUCGCUGACAGCGAGGACGAGGAUCUGGAAGACGCCUCGUCUACGACAAAAGACGGAAAGAAGAACGGUGCUGCAAAGGAUGCUGUACCAGUUGAGGAUGGACCAGUUCGCGUGGUGCCCGAUGCAGUGAAAGACGCUUUCCUCAAGCAGCAGGUGCUUGGAGAGGACGGAGGCUUCUUAGUUAGCGAACUUCUGUCGCAUUCGCAGGCGAGAAACAGGCAAGUCCGUUUGCUCGCGGAAGCGGCUUUGUCACGCGUUUUUCGUGCCUGUUUGACGAGUGACGCCGACCUGGGCUUGCCACUUAUUGGCGCGCUCGGCGCAGAUCUAGCCGCGCAGAGCGCCAAGUCCAAGGCACACAGUGUUGAGGCGCUAGCGAAGCUCCUCUACGAACACAGCGACUACAUGGAAGACGAAGUGAUCGAGCAGGUGUGCGAGGUCGUCCUGAUCAUGCUGCGCGACCAGGAUCGUCAGGUAUUUCGAGCGGUGCUGAAGUUUUGCAAAGUCAUGUGCUACGUAGUGCCCAUUGGCGUCCUGAAGCGGCGAACCGUGUUCCACCAGGACGGCCGCAACCCGAUCGGCGCCAUGACGAGCAGCUUCCUGCACGAUUUGUACUCAAACACCAACAGCGAAAGCUGCAACAACCUCAAGAGGCGCAUCGUGGAAAAGCUUCUCAAGCGUUUAUGCUUCAUGGGAUUUGAAGACGACGACGAGGAGGAGGAUGAAGACGAAGACGCCGAGGAGGUGGAUCUCGAGAGCUUUAGAAAGGUACAAUUUUAACUACUCGCUGUAGACUUCUUCAGUGAUAUUUAUUGAAUAAAUAAAUCACUUGACAGGGUAUUUUUUGUUACUACAUGCUUUGUUUUGAGUUAUUGUUAACAAAGUUACCUCCAAUAGAGCAAACUGUUAUUGAACAGCCCCGCCUUGCUUCAUACUCUAAGGCUGACAUGUUAUACGACUGGGGGCUGAUUAGGAUUUACCUUAACUUCAUGGUCUCUCGAAAGUAAUUUUGAUUGCUGUUUCAAUAUUCCCACUUUCCUCACACACAGAGCUUCCCGCAUAAGCACCUUCCGCAGCUGGAUUAUGUCUUGAAGAAUCUGGAGCGAAGAGCAAAAAAAGCUGUGUCUGCAAAGACAGAGAAGCGCAGCGCAGCUGUCAAGAAGAGUUACGCACAAUUUUUUCAAAACGACGACGACGCUGUUACUGGUGCUGCAGCUGGCACGGAAGGUAUCGCUGAGAGCCGCAAGAAGCGCAAGCGUGACGACGACGACGUUGAUAUGGAUGGCGGCGAGGACGUAAUCACGAAUCUUCUGGACGAGUUCGAAGCGGAGGGCGAAACCGACGGGUUUGAGACUGGUAAUCGCCGGAAGGCUCGUCGUUUACACAAGCGGGCGGAUGAUGUUAGCAACAAGAAAGGCAGCAUCUUUGCCGUUGCGAAGGACUCGGUUCUGCACAACAUGCCGCAAUUGCAGGACGUCGCGUCGAAGGAUGUGCUCGACCUCGCGGACCUGAGAAGCCUUACCCAUAACCUUUUCACCAAAAGCAAAGCCCUCAAGAAAAGCAAGGAUGGCGAGGAUGCCUCCGAAGUGCCAACAGCAGGAAGUAAGCGUGCGACCCGAAAAUUGCUGCCGGGAAGCAAAGCUGCAGCACCCGCAGAAGAAGAUGCUAGAGGUGUGAGCUUUCGGGCAGACGGGAAAAUCGUGGUCGAGGAAGAAGCAACAGACGACGAGGACGAUGAUGAGGUAGAUUUGAAAAUUUGCUAUGCGUAUGUAGUGCUUGAGGUGAUUUUUCUUCAUUCGUUUAUACUGAAUCAAAUGUUGUUGCAUCAAUUUGAAUUUUAAUCAUCCUGCAAGAAUAUUUUUCCGAAUUUCCAAAAUCAGGAUGGAACGAAUGCUGGUGGCAAGAGGCAGAAGAAGAAGUUAGGCCUUGGCGCUCUGAAGCAGCUGCGACAAAAGCGACAGCUUCAAAACCUCGUUAGAAAACGCGACAAGAAGUCUCACGUGGUGCGUGGUGUGACGCAUUAUGCCCCAUCCAAGGGCAAGGCGCGCGGAGACGCGAAACCACGGGGCGCGCAGCACGAACCGUACGCAUACGUGGCGCUCAAUCCUCGACUAAUGAAGGAGAAGCACAAAGAAAAGUCCGUGAGCACCUUCAAAGCUGUCCUCGGCAAGGCGCCAGAGCGUGGUGAGAAGGCGAAGAGGCUGCAGGUGAAGAAAAAAAAUGCGAAAACCAAGAAAAGGAGGCAACAAGGCCGAAACAAGAAGAAGUAAGUACACGGUCUUUCCACGUCGCAGGUAGGUCAAUAGGGUAUCUAUCAUGAUUCAUGUGAAUGGCCACUUCUUGUUGUGAUGAAGACUCUGGUCCGUACGACUACUGCAUUUCAUGUGUAUAUCUAAUUUGAUUGUUGUUGGUCGAG